AUGGCCAAAGCAAAGAAGACCGGAGACACCGUCUCCUCGCGCCUGGCGCUCGUCAUGAAGUCCGGAAAAGUCACCAUGGGCACCAAAUCCACCUUCAAGACCCUCCGCUCUGGAAAGGCCAAGCUGAUCCUGAUUGCCGGAAACUGCCCGCCACUGCGCAAGUCCGAGCUCGAGUACUACGCCAUGCUGGCCAAGACCCCCGUCCACCACUUCAGUGGCAACAACGUAUGUCUCCCGCCUCCCAUUCCAUAA